AUGGAACGAAAAUUAAAUCUCAAUACCGCUGUAAAAUGGUGGCAACCCGAGUAUCAACACAGCAGUGUAUUUUCAAGCUUAGGACAUAAAGGUCUGGGCAGUAAAGCUUCCAAAUUGAGCUCAAAGACAUCUUCGAGUAUGAUGUCCCGAAAAAGGGAAGCUCUUGCUUUAGCUCAGCUUAAGAUCUGCCAAUUGAAAGUUCGCCAGCGAUUGGAUGAAGAAGAACAUGAGAUUCGAAGGAAAAGAGAGUCAAUGGAAGCCGAAAUGGAGGCAGAAAAGGCUGCUGUGUCAUUGAAAAUUUAUGAAGAAGAAAUAGGAGAAGAAGGAAGAGACAUGGAGUUAGUAAUUAGUCAUGACAAGGAACAUUGGCAGCCACCUAAAUUACAUGGUGUGACCGAACCAAGGGGUACUUCAGAGCCCUUUACAAUGGAUCGAACACCAUCCCUCCAACCACAAGUUCCUACCAUUCCAUCUAUGUCUACGACUAAUUAUUUAAAUGAUUAUAUUAAGUCUUCACAACCAUUGUAUGAACAGCCCGUUAAAGAAUCGUGGUUUUCUGUUUGGCAAAUGCCGCAAGCUCAGUCAUCACAAAAUGUGACAUGUAACACAACACCAGCACAGCAGGUACAGUACUUUGACAGUGUAAGGGAAAUGGUGAAAGCAAUGAGGCAAGUGGUUUCCUCACCAAAAGUUGAAUACCUCAAGUUUGAUGGAGAUCCACUCAGAUAUGUGUCACUUAUUCACAACUUCGAAACUUAUUGGGAACAGGACAACCCUGAUGACUCUAGGUGGCUCCAACUACUGAUCCAGCACUGCACUGGAAAGGCAAGAGAAGUGGUCGAGAGCUGUGAGAAUUUACCAGUUUCUGAUGGUUAUCGAGUGGCAAAGGAAACACUGCGCGAGAAUUUCGGAAAGCCGCAAGUAAUUGCAGAUGCGCAUAUUAAGAAGCUGCUACAUCUACCCAGCCUGAAGAAUGUGGAUGGACCUUCCUUAUUGGAAUAGUAGACACUUAGACACUACUGAUGGAACCUUGACUGGAAUGGGCACCGAAUAUGUAGCUGACCUUAACCACAUGAACACUUUGAGAGAACUAACCAAAAGGUUGCCAAUGCUCCUCCAAGCAAAAUGGACAGAGUACGCUGGAUUGUAUUAUUGUAUCAGAUCAAAGACCCAAGUUUGGAGAUUUCGUGAAAUUUAUCAAAGAA